AUGUGCUCUAUUUAUUUCUAUUAUUCCCAGAUAAACAUGACACUAAGGGCAUCACUCCAGAAGUUGAAACAGAAUAUUGCCCAGCUCAAGGAGGGGUUGCUGCGAGCCUCUUCUUCUCGACGGAUAAUGCAGUCAGAAGCUGACAGGAGACAGAAUAUGAUUGAUGACCUGCUGACCAGAGAGAAGCACCUCAACGGCACUUUCAAAGGAGAUAUCGUGGAGCCUGAACCCAUGAGGUCCACCUUAAUGGCUGGAGGGGCAGCAGCAAGUGGAAACACUUCGACAAAUCCUUGGCUGAUCAAUGAAUCCGAGGAGACCAAGGGCAUGAACUUUGGGGAAAUUAAACAGCAGCAACAAAGAAUCAUUGAGGCCCAGGAUGCAGGCUUGGAUGCACUGGCAGCCGUCAUCAGCCGACAGAAGAUAAUGGGCCAGGACAUCGGCAAUGAGCUCGAUGAGCAGAAUGGUAACGUUUAAUGUGACAGCAUCUGCACAUAUUUGUCGUACAAG